AUGUCGAUGGAUGUCAACCCUUCGUCUCGUGUUCAUACUACAGAUGACAUUUACGGCGCUGGUCCUACCGAUCGGCUACUGCGGACGUCCGACAACGCGGAUGACGAAGACAGAGUCAUAUCGCCCGUCCUGGCGACAGCAACGGCCAAGGCUCUGCCCGCCGUGCGGCAGGUGUCGAAGACCGGAGAAAAGGUCCUUUCGACGCUUAAACGGCUGCCGCAGAAUGGCGGGAAAACCAUCGAUGUCCUGCGCCAAGCUUCUGAUAAAAUUCCGACUGCUCAAAGUCUCCGCUCCGAAUAUAAUCCUGAGGUGCAGAAUGCGCUGAAGGUGUCAGACGCAAUAGCUAUCAAUCAUUUUAAAGAAGACGAGCCAGGGAUCGUGGAGGAGCUUAAUUUGUCCCUGGUCUCUUCUAACAAAGAGGUACGACAGAAGGCGUUACAGAAAUUGUUUCGUAAGGCUGAAUUGCACGAAAACGAACGACUAGCAACCUCCGCCGCAAAAUUGUUCGAGAAUAUGAAGCAUUUGAUCAACCGCGGCGUUCCCAUAGAGGAAGUGAUUUUGGGGCUGGAGCUUGAAAAAGAGGGGGCCAACAUUUUCGCGACGCCGAAGGUGGAGUUAUUGAAGCUGAUAGUCAAGGCACACAACGAGAAGCAACAUGCCAGCUUAAGCCUCCUGGAUGCCUUCGUGAUAGGCCUUGGUAGCGAGGGUGAGGUCGCGCGCACUCUGGAAUUGUCGUUGCUUGGUAGGGUCCACGGAGACACGGCCAUGAAAUUGGAAGCAGAGUUGUUCAAGCGCUGGUUGUUGACUGAUAAAAAAUCUCCUGAUGAUGUCGUCGCGACAUUGGUGCAUGAAGGCUCGGGGACUGAAAGCAUCACGGAAACAGACGCAUUCAUUGUUUAUCUAUACAUCCGGCACUUCAACAGUGCGUACCCCAAAUCCGAGACAGAUGUCGUUACAUGUCUGAGAAAGUACGUCAAUGAGCGAGAUUUGGCGAUUUGGAUUGCUGAAAUGGAGGUACCGUUCAAGGAAUUCUUCGCUGAGUUUAAACCUUUGAUGCGACCAUGGUUGAAGGCCAACGAGGCGCCAGAAGAUCUGUACGCGAGGGUCUUUGAGCCCGUGGCUGUCGACGAGGUUUAUCACGUGAACAGGAUCAUCUCGGUAUACCAGGAAAGAUUCAAAGCGCAGAAUGAAUUGGCGGAAAAGCUUGGCCUUGCGCACCCGACGACAGCUCGACAACCCUAA